AUGGUAGCAUCCGUCAAAAGAAAUUAUUUACUGUUUUCUAUUGUGGUUUUACUUUUCUUUGUCUUAUCAUAUACAAAAAAAUCCAAAGACUAUGGCUGCAUACAAAAUUAUGACAAUGCUCUUUCUGAUAAUCUGAUUUCUUUGAAAGAUUUAGCAGCCAAAGACUAUGGCGGCUUAAACAAUAGUGUCGGUGGUACAAUAACAGGGAUGAAUGAGUGUAAUGAUGAUUUGUCAACAAUCAAACCAAUACCAGAGUUCUUGAUCAUGAGGAAUAAUGUUGUUGGAAAUAUAUCAAGUAUUAUUUUGGUGAUUCUCGAAUUUUUCUAA